AAGUUCUUAGAAACGUGAAUAUUGCACGUGUCGGCCAUCUUGGAUGACACAUGGAUUCAUUUGCAUGGGUGAGGUUGAGAGAUCGCAGUAAACCAAAAUGGCAGAUGAGUUUCAUGAUGAAGAAUUUCACCAGGCGGGCUCUGGGGCCUCACAGACGUUUCCCAUGCAAUGCUCGGCUCUGCGUAAGAAUGGUCAUGUGAUGUUGAAGGGCAAACCAUGCAAAAUUGUCGAUAUGUCAACUUCCAAGACUGGGAAGCACGGGCAUGCAAAGGUUCAUUUAGUUGGCCUGGACAUUUUUACUGGCAAAAAAUAUGAAGAUAUAUGCCCUUCCACCCAUAACAUGGAGGUUCCUAAUGUGUCACGUAAGGACUACCAGCUGGUGGAUGUAACUGAUGACGGUUUCCUCAGUCUUAUGGAGGACGAUGGUAACACUAGAGAUGAUCUUAAACUGCCAGAAAACGACGCCAACCUGGCCACAGAGAUAUCAGAGAAAUGGAAGAAUGCGGAUGAAGAGACAUUUAUGAUAACUAUUCUUUCAAGCAUGGGCACCGACAUGCCAGUUGCUAUAAAGGUUGACAGUAGCAAGAAGGUGUAAAGAGGUGGAAUAAAAAGCAGGGCUGGGACAGUAAAGGAUGUGAAACUAAGAACAGGCAGUGCAUGAAGGAGGAGAGAAAGAGAUAAAAACAACCAUCGAUGAACAUCAACUGGGUCUUUGGCAGAUUCACCAUGAGGAGUAAUGUCACGUUUAAGUGAUUAAAAGUAAUUUCUCUUAACCCCCCUCCCUCCCUACCCCAUCAAAAGUAAUUUUGUCAUCAUAUAAAUUCCACCCCCCAUAUGGGUGAUCACUUUCUUUCACAGAUUUCUUUUUCCAUCCCAUGAAUCUAAGGUAGACAGUUUAAGGCCAUGCUGUUACAAAAAUUAUGUACAAGGGGGUAAUGUGCUUGUAACAGUAAGUGUGACCCAAUAGGUAAAUUGGGGGUAAUCGUGAAAAUUGUCAUGCUGUUGUGGGUCACGUAGUCGGGGGAAGAGGAGUUGCGGGGGACUUCUCCGUGAAUCUACCAAAGUCCCUCAAGUGAUAUCAAGAUGCAAAUUUUGUAUACAGUCCAUUGAAAUAACAAAUGCAUUAUCGGAAUAAUUAGGAUAUGUCAAGAAAAUUAAUAAAACCAACAAUACCAGCACACGAUGAGCUCAAGGAAAGAGCAAGGACGUUCGUGUUACACGAGACGACUGUAGCGCCAAGCUGAGAAAAAAAAUGGUUGUAUUUGGAAGCUGGGUGAACGGAGCUUGGACGACGAAAAGAUUUCGGAGUGCAACUGAAGAAUUAUAACUUUUUUUUCAUCUAUGCUGUGAGAAUGAACCUAUUUAGGGUGGAGCUUUUAAAGGUGACUGUACUUGUUAAUAUUUCUUAUUGCUGAAAAAUAUCGAUUGAUACGACUUGUUAUCUUCAUUUUAUUAUUAUUUUUGUUUCUCCGUUUUCUUCUUGGUACACGGUGCCCGACAUGAACUCGUAGCCAAAUGCUGUGUUACUUAAUCAUACAGUGAUGCGAUUAUUUAAACAUGGGUAACAUUGUUUGUCCUCUGUAGUUUAAAAUGAACCAGGGCACGAUUUUUUUCUUUUUUAAUUAUUUUUAUUAUUGAUAUCACCAAUUUAGAGGUGGCCUUGUCACCGAUUCGGUAAUUUCUGUUAUGCGUUCCUCCAAAAGUAACCCGACUGAUGUACACUAAAAUUAUGCAUUUUUAUAGUUCUCUUUUGAUUUAAUUUUUCUCUCAUGUCAUUUUUUUCUGGGGAUCUCCUUGUGUCAAAAUUAUACGAAGUUGCGGCAUGAAAAUAAAGUCAAAUUUCAUCUCGA